GCCGUGUUGGAGAGGAUGUGACAUCAGGCACAUCUCUCGCUUCGCUGGAUCGCUGGCUGCCUACCAGGGCAGCCAGGGAGCUGCUUCGUUAAAUCCCAACCCAGAGUCUGCUUAAUAGAUCACUCCCACCACCGGCAGCUUGACGGGGACAAUGGAAUUUGAACUCUUGAGACUGACCACGAAGUGAAAAAACAGAAAUUGGACACACGGGGCUGAGAUGGAUGAUGAGGUAGCAAAUCAAAAAGGCAGCAAACUGCAAGGAGCCAGAGGCCAGGCAUCUGCAAUGUCUCUAUCAAACCCACUGAUGAGGGACUUUGUUUCAGACUGGUCUCCUUUACAUGAUGCUUCUAUCCAUGGACGACUGUUUACUCUGAUGAAACUCAUCAAACAGGGAAGUGAUGUGAAUAUUGUUACAGCAGCUCAGGUGUCUCCACUGCACGAAGCCUGCCUAGGGGGUCAUGCUGCUUGUGCCAGCGUCCUAUUAAAACAUGGUGCUCAGGUGAAUGGAGUUACUAUGGAAUGGCACACUCCAUUGUUCAGCGCUUGUGUCAGCGGCAGUGUGGCUUGCUUGAAUUUACUGCUGCAGAACGGAGCCAGCCUACACCCACCCUGUGACUUGGCAUCACCCAUCCAUGAAGCUGCUAAGAGAGGUCAUGUGCAAUGUGUUGAACUCCUCGCAUCCCAUGGGGUAAAUAUAGACCACAACAUCAAACACCUGGGUACUCCACUUUAUGUAGCUUGUGAGAACCAGCAAGUGAACUGUGCCAAGAAGCUUCUUGAGUCAGGAGCAAAUGUGAACAGUGGCAAGGGCCUGGACUCCCCUCUGCAUGCAGCUGCCAGGAAUGGCAGUGUGGAGCUGGUGACACUGCUGAUUGACUUUGGAGCAGACAUUUGGGUGAAGAAUGAUGAAAGCAAGAGGCCAAUGGAGCUGGUACCACCCAACAGUCCUGUGGGGCGACUGUUCCUGCAGAAAGAAGGGCCACUCUCCUUGAUGCAGUUGUGCCGCCUGUGCAUCAGGAGGUGCUUUGGACACAAGCAACAUCAAAAAAUAAGUGGACUUCUCCUCCCAGAAGAGCUGAAACAUUUCCUUCUCCAUUUAUAAGCCUUACGUGUUUGAAUUGGUGCCUUGAAUAACACAGCAAGAAACAUGUCCUGCUGCCACAAACCAAAGUGCAGUUAUGACCACUCUGUGCUCUCCUGGGUGCUCCCCCGGGGGAUAUCUGCCUGAUACACACAGAAGCAAGGAUGCUGAAGCUCUAACUCUCCUGCCCACCUCCCUGUCCCCUCUCCACCUCUGAACCAUGGUGCAUCUGCAUUACCUGGGGGCAGCAGCACACCCACCACUUCCCCUGAGGGAGUACUGCCACAACACUCCUGUGUUAGAGGGACAGAGCACGCACUUUGAUGAUUUUGGAGAUCCUUUUUUUUUUUUCACUUUGCAUUGAAGACUGCUUCAAGAGUGGAUUUGGUGUGUGAAAGCUGUGAUGACGUUGUUAAUGCCAGCAAUGACAUUAUAUGGAUUCUUCAUUUCCUAAGUGAACAGCAGCCUUCAAACACACAAAGUUAUUUUGAUGUUUACUAGUGUGCUGUUGUGUGGUGUGCAAACCUUCCUUUUGCAUAUGAGAAGUUAAAGAGGAUGGAUCAAAAGCUACCUGGAUGUUCAUAUUUGAUAUAAAUAGCAAUUCAAAUCCUCAGCUGGAUGUAUCUUCUGGCUAUAGGCAUCCAGUAUGAUGGUUUGAUUUUUCUUUUGUGCUGAUCAAACACAACAAGAGUAGUUCUGUUGGUAUUGUGGGACACUAAAUUGUACCUUAACAGGACAAAAUUACAAACACAGUUAGGUUCAUAAUUCCCCUUGUGACAGAGAAACAUAGGAAUCCUCACUUACCUGACCUAUUCAUCACACAUAAUUUGAGCCAUGUAAAAACUCACUGGAUGGUUUAAAAUGGUCUUCUAUAUUCCUUCCUUCCUCCAGGGGAAAUAAAAUAGACAUCUGCCUUCAUGAGUUGAAUAAAAACAGGCAUUUUGGGUGGGAAAGGUGAAUCCUUCUAAAACUGGUAUCUUGGAUAAGCUGAAUCUGCAUUGAAAAGGCAGAGAACAGAUAAUGAACCUAGUGCUUAACUUUUGAAGAUUUAAGUGUAAAGAAUCCCUGAUUUGGUGACAUAUCUGAAAGCUAAAGGUCCAGCUUAUUAUAUUUUAGACGAUGAAGAACCAUUUUUUAUGAAUUAGUUUUAUAAUUUACCUUUAAACAUCUUAUUUUAUAAAUUUAGCCAAUGGGUUUAUAGGAGUAAUGCUCAUAUCAGGAGAAAAUUGCUCUGAGAAGGUGGUGAGAGCAUUGCUUUUAGAUUGCUUUUCUUUUGGAAAUUUCAUAGUGUGACUCUGUUUACUUGAAUCCCUCUGAUCAAGUGUAAUUAGGAUGAAUUCCAUAUGCUCAGCUUGUAUCAUCUCAGUGUGUUUGCUUAUUUAUUUUAAUAUGAAUUGUGAUCAACACUGGCAAAUUACAGCUUUAUGCAUCAACACUUACCCAGUUAUAAACUGUAAAAGUUGUACAAGAUGCAAGCCGAAUAAGCUCCUUAUAGGUGAGGUUUGGAUUUUUCCUAUAUUUGAAAUCAUUCUAAAGGUAAUGCAGGACUUUCAAGAUUUUCAAGAAUCUAUUUUACCAGAUUCUUUUCUAUUACUUUGUUAGAAGUUUAAUGGUAGUCAAGCCACAGUUGUAUAGGAUAUUUCCUCAAAAAUAAACGGUUUAUACUCUUA